UCACUUCCGCCGCCGACAGACUUCCUUUCUUUCGUGGGCUGCAUGGGCGCAAGAUGGCGGUACAGAUUUCCAAGAAGAGGAAGUUUGUUGCUGAUGGCAUCUUCAAAGCUGAACUGAAUGAGUUUCUAACUCGGGAGCUGGCUGAAGAUGGAUACUCUGGAGUUGAGGUCCGUGUUACACCAACCAGAACAGAAAUCAUCAUCUUAGCCACCAGGACACAGAAUGUUCUUGGUGAGAAAGGCAGGCGGAUCCGGGAAUUGACUGCUGUGGUUCAGAAGAGGUUUGGCUUCCCUGAGGGUAGUGUAGAGCUUUAUGCUGAAAAGGUGGCCACAAGAGGUCUGUGUGCCAUUGCCCAGGCAGAGUCUCUGCGUUACAAACUCCUUGGUGGUCUUGCUGUGCGGAGGGCAUGCUAUGGUGUGCUACGGUUCAUCAUGGAGAGUGGAGCCAAAGGCUGUGAGGUUGUGGUGUCUGGCAAACUCCGAGGACAGAGGGCUAAGUCUAUGAAGUUUGUGGACGGUUUGAUGAUUCACAGUGGGGACCCUGUCAACUAUUAUGUUGACACUGCUGUGCGCCAUGUGCUUCUCAGACAAGGUGUGCUGGGCAUCAAAGUGAAGAUCAUGUUGCCUUGGGACCCAAGUGGUAAGAUUGGUCCUAAGAAGCCCCUGCCUGACCACGUGAGCAUUGUGGAACCCAAAGAUGAGAUACUGCCCACCACUCCAAUCUCCGAGCAAAAGGGUGGAAAGCCAGAGCCGCCUGCCAUGCCCCAGCCAGUACCCACAGCAUAAUCGGGUCUGCCCUGGAGUCUGGAUGUUGCCCUAAAGGAGGACCUUUAAUAAAAUUGCUUUCAAAGCAUGA